AUGUCGACAACUUCAAGCCUGAGUCCAUCCACAGCUAUCCCGUUUGGCAUGAACAUCAGACUCCAUGAGCUCCACAACGCCCUCCAUGUCGAGAAAGAGGUACCCCUGCAGCUCCAUGGCAUCCGCCUCCACAGCCAAUCCACAGCCCCAAAGCCCCUAACCACCACGUCAAUUUCCAACAUCCAAAAAAUCCCGAACUUCAUCGAGCCCACGCUCUUCAAAAGAGUCGCUAGCGUCGCUACUCAAUACCUAAAGCACGGUGGCACCAUGACGAGGAUGCGCGCCGGUUACGACCAUAUCUUCCUCGAAAGCUGGCCCUGGUGCGUGGACGAGCCGGGCAAGAAGAUGGCCAAGAAGCUUGCCGGUUCGAGCGCGCAAGUGGCCAGAGCUACCGGCCAGGUCGCGGACGCAGUCGCGCAAGAGCUCGCUAGGGCGCGCUCUAGAAUCGGCCAGCAGAUUGCGGCGGCGAGGAAGAGGAAGCUUUGCAAUGCGGACAUGCAGAAUGGGUUUGAUCUUUAG